AAAAAAUUCCCAUUUUCCCACACAAAAAAUGCGAUUCAUCGAUUGAAAUCUUUCACGAACCCUAAUCCCAAAUAUUUGAUCAACUCCUUUUCGCUCAAAACUCACUCCAGCUGGCCGGAGAAUGAUUUAAUUUUUGUGGUUCCGGAUAAAAACGAUUGAAUUUUCUGUCUUAUGAUGAUCCGUUGGAAGGGGAGAUUAUUGUUGAUUUUCGUUGAUUGUAGUCGAAUUUUGAAGUUUACACGGUGAAAAAAUCUUGAUGUUUGGAUGAUCUAAUCGGAGGAAAGGAUCGCGAGGGUGUGGCAAUGUCAAAUUUGUAUGGAGGGGAUUUUAAUCAGAAGAUUGAUUAUGUGUUCAAGGUCGUGUUGAUUGGGGAUUCCGCGGUAGGAAAAUCGCAGUUGUUGUCUAGGUUUGCCAGGAAUGAAUUCAGCUCGGAAUCGAAGGCCACAAUUGGGGUUGAAUUCCAGACAAAGACGCUCCUCAUCGAUCAAAAAACUGUCAAGUCACAGAUUUGGGAUACCGCAGGUCAAGAGAGGUAUCGAGCAGUGACAAGUGCUUAUUACAGAGGUGCGGUUGGUGCAAUGCUGGUUUACGACAUAGCAAAACGCCAAUCCUUUGAUCACAUGGCCAGAUGGCUGGAGGAGCUAAGAGGGCACGCUGACAAGAACAUCGUGAUAAUGCUGAUCGGGAACAAGUCCGAUUUAGCGACUCUCCGAGCAGUCCCCACAGAGGACGCUCAAGAGUUUGCUGAGAGGGAGAAUCUGUACUUCAUGGAGACGUCAGCUCUUGAAGCAACGAAUGUGGAGGGUGCAUUCAUGACCAUUCUCACGGAGAUAUACCGGAUCGUGAGCAAGAAGGCUCUGGCUGCGAAUGGUGAGUAUUCAAAGUCUUCGUCUUUGAAGGGCACUGCCAUCAUUGUUAAUGAUCAAGGAGAUAACAAAUCUAAGUCUGGUUGCUGCACAUGACCUGAGUGCUUUUUUCUUGAUACAUUACUGUGUACACACCUUUUUUGGUUUAGAUUAGAACUGGUGUUGCAUAACUGAGCAAAAUUUGAUGUAGCUUUCAAGAAAAGCAGCAAAGUACUUUGCUUUUGCAUUUUGAUGUACAUGUAGAA